CGUAUAAGGAAGUGCCCUACGAAGAUCCUUCACCCAAAAAUGUAACGUCACAUCUCAGGUCGAAAUAGGUGUAUUUCUUUCCAUCUUCAAAUUGCCAUAACCAAUGCCAGAAGAAAUGUCAAUUUUCCCAAGAAUUGCAUUGAAGCCAGAAGUUCAUGAUUACUUGAGGAAUGUCUUCAUAAACAAGGAGGUGCUGGCUGCAGUGAGUCAAGGAGAGGCAGAGCAGAGGUUCCAGAGGCUGCUGUCCUGCCUGUCCCACCCGCCUGCCUUGACCUGUGUACGAGCCAGCACUCACCUGGCUUCCCUGGAGGAGAUCCAACACAGGCUUGGGGAGGAACUCAAACAGCAGCAGAAGUGUGACUCUCAGUCUGAAGACAUUUCCGUUACUAUUCUCCCCCACCCACACAUUCCAGAUGUGCUGCUUCUUCCUGUCAUCGGGCCUAGGCCUGUGGUCCAGCUCAGCUCGGAGGUCAUAGUAGGUGCUCAGUGUGGCAGUGCUGUUCUGAGGGGAGCGCACGUCUUCGCCCCAGGGAUCCUCGCCACACCCAAGUUCAUGAAGACAGGAGAUGCUGUGUCUGUGUUCUCGGACCUGGAGGGGAAGUGCACACGGGGGAACAAGGACUUUAAGGGAAAGAAAGUGUUUGUGGGAAAUGGAGUCGCUGAAAUGGACCGCUCCAACAUCUUCUGCUCAGACGAACCAGUCAAGGGCGUUGGUAUUCGGAUGGUAGAGCCCCUGUACCAGAGCCCCUCCUUCGAUGGGGUACUACCCAGCCUGGCGUUCCUACAGAACCUCCCAUCGGUGGUGGUGGGUCACGUGCUGGGGCCCCGUCCUGGAGAGCGCAUCCUGGAUAUGUGUGCCGCACCCGGGGGGAAGACCUGCCAUAUCGCUGCCCUGAUGGGGGGACAGGGAGAGGUAGUGGCCCUGGAUAAGAUCAGAGGCAAGGUGGAGCGCAUCCGUCAGAACGCCAAAGCGCUGCAUCUGGACUGCAUCAAAGCCCACUGCUUCAAUAGCAUCAAGGCUGUGUGCACUGACCAGGCCCAGGACACUGAGGGUCCACCCUUCCCUCCACAGAGUUUUGACCGGGUGUUGCUGGAUGCUCCAUGUAGCGGUCUAGGCCAGAGACCCAGCAUGGUCUGUACCUGGAACCUGAAGGAGAUCUGCUCCUACCAGCCUCUGCAGCGCAAGCUCUUCCACACUGCGGUACGGCUCCUGAAGAGAGGUGGAGUCCUGGUCUACAGCACCUGCACUGUGACUCUGGCAGAGAACGAGGAGCAGGUGGCCUGGGCCCUUAACACCUUCCCCUGCCUCACACUACAGCCUCAGGAGCCCCACAUCGGAGCAGAGGGCAUGCUGGGAGCUGGCCUGUCACCUGAGCAGCUGCGUCUCCUCCAGAGGUUCAGUCCUGAGUUGGGCUGGAGCGCGGCCGAGGCCAGGGGAGAGGAUGACAGCCCCACAGAACAGCCAGAGUCCCCAACCCCCCUCGCACACCGAGCCAACAAGGACACUAUUGGCUUCUUCAUUGCCAAGUUCCUGAAGAGCUGACAGGACUAGACUAGCAGUACCCUCCCCAUCUGGUUAGAACCGAGCUGUUCUCCCUGCCUUCACACAGGGCCUGCAGAGAGGAAUAAUGGUGUUUACACCUCUCACUGUACUCAGGCAGGAGAGCAUUUAGAACACACGCUCCCUGUGCGGUUUACAACAUCCACCUCUGUGCCUGCCUGGCUGCCUACUAAAACACUGGCCCAUAUAGGGAUGACUUGUAUAAACAGAG